AUGUCCGACUACCCGGCGAAUACGGCAUAUGCGCAGCGACAUAUCUACACCAAUCCGUGGUUGCGUAAAAAGACAUCUCUGAGCCAGAGCCAGACACUUACUGUUGAUGCCGAUCUUGAUGCCGACGCCGAUGCCGACGCCGAUGCAGACGCAGAAUCUGAAUCUGAAGAGCAGUCUGUCUCUGGGACAUCUGCAUCCAAGGGAGACAAGGUGGGGGAGGACCUCGACUUCGAUGAUGUGAACACAGGCGAGGCUGAUGAUGACUUUGGGUCAAGUGUUAUUCUCCAGUAUUCACUCUAUCACCAGAGUCACUCAAUGGAUCAGGACGAGCUAGACCUUUCCGACCACACUGCAAGGUCCAACAGAUUCGAGAAAUACCAUUUUAAACCACCCGCAUCGCUAAAUCCAGGACACGGCCAAGUCAGCAACAUUCAAAAUAGCAGCAGUGACGGCCUCCAAGAAUCCUAUUACUCUGGAAACAUUCAGGGCAGCGAUCCACGAGCGAGCAACAUGCAAGGCCACCGCCAACCUCAGACUACGGCCCAGGGACGGUAUUUCUCAGCAUCUCCAGCUGAGGAGAUUGAUGACUUUGAUGAUGAAUACGACCCAGAGAGUCUAGAUAUCGGAGCUGGCGGAAAUGGAAGUGGUAUGAGGGAGUGGAGUGAGAGGGAUUAA